CAGCUGGAUGCCGCCGCGCCUGCGCUAGGACUGACUGACUCUGUCUCUGUCCUGCAUUCUUCCUCUCUGUGUGUAUUUGAGCUGCGCUCGCCAGUCGGGGGCUUUCUUCUGCCCGUUUCCCAUCGAGGACUUGUGAAUUGGUCGUCCUGCGUGUUACUGUCUGCCUUGCCUUGCCUUGCCUUAUUGCGGAGCUACCUCACCACACUUCAUAACACAACACUACACCACACCAUACCACACCAGUCUUGGAAUCCCACUACACGUCCAACUACACGAGUCUAUUUUGAUCGAUCCGUCCCGCAGUGCGACACAUACCUCCCGCAAUGUCCUCUCUCUUCGGCCAAACGCCCGCGCCUGCGACCGGCGGCGGCCUGUUCGGCCAGGCCGCUGCCGGUGCCGGUGCCGCGAAACCCAAUCCCUUUGGCGGCGCUGCGACGGGUGGCGGUGGGAUCUUUGGGGGCGCCGCUGCGCAGCCUCAGCAGCAGCAGGGUGCUACGACCGGAGGGCUGUUCGGUGGAGCGACGCAGACGCAGACGCCGGCUAGCGGUGGUGGACUUUUCGGGGGAGCGACGCAGACGGCGCCCGCUUCUGGGGGAGGAUUGUUUGGCGGAGCGACGCAGACACAGACGCCCGCUGCCGGGGGUGGGUUGUUCGGGGGAGCGACGCAGACACAGACACCGGCUGCUGGGGGUGGGUUGUUCGGUGGUGCCGCCGCCGCCCAGAAACCAGCUGGCGGGGGCCUGUUUGGGAACUUGGGGCAGACGCAGCAGCCUCAGCAGCAACAGCAGACUGGGGGCUUGUUCGGACAGACGCAGACGCAGACGCCGCAGACUGGCGGUGGCUUGUUUGGGAACUUGGGCCAGACGCAGCAGCCGCAGACUGGAGGGGGCUUGUUUGCUGGCUCUCUGCUUGGGGGUCAGCAGCAGCAACAGCAGCAGCAGCAACAGCAACAGCAGCCGCCGCAACUGGGCCAGACUCAGACGCAGCCGCAAUUGGGUCAGUCUAUGUGGGAGCCGGGUCGUGCGGUGACUGGUGUACACCGCACUGUGCCGAUGCAGAUUCAGAUCGUCAAGGACAAGUGGGAUGCCUCGAACCGCGCAUCGCCGUUCCGCGCCUACCUUUAUAACAAUGUCGGGGAGGACACGGCGCCGUUCUACCAGCCCGGACCGGAGGACGACGACACGAAGUGGGAAGAUGCGCUGCGGCAGCGCCCCGGGUCGGGAUACGUGCCGGUGCUCGUCAAGGGCUUCUUCGAGCUGGGCAAGCGCGCGCAGCGCCAGAAGGACUUCCUGACCAUGAUGCAGACGCGUCUGCACGAGAUCAACAACUGCCUGUCGGAUCUGCUGUCUCGCCACGACCUGAAGAUCUCCGUCAAGAUCGCCGACUGUCGCCGGAAACACCUUGUCCUGAGCAAGCGGUGUCUGGCGCUGGCGGCGAAGACCCAGGUGCUCCGCAACCGGGGCUACGCGAUGGACGACGCCGAGGAGGAGCUGAAGAAGAAGCUGAGCCAGCUGGAGCGGUCGGUGUUCGACCCGUCGCUGAGCGGCCGCGGCGAGGAGGUGUGGGCGCGCAUGCUGGCCAUCCGGGAGCACUCGCGGCGUCUACAGCAGGAGAUGGAGCGGGUAGGCCCGAGUGCGGCGGCACAGGCGGACGACGAGCUGGACGAGCAGACUAUGAAGACGGCGAAGAAGAUCCUGGACGACUACCACACGCAGAUCCAGCACCUGCAAAAGGAACUGGCCGCGGUGAAGACGGACUUCGAGGAGGCGCAGAAGCUGCCCGGGGGCGGGAAUCACUGAAACGGGUUUAUGUUUGGGUUGUGCUGUUUGGAGCAAGGAGUUUCUAGGAGCUGGCUGGUACCCGCACGUUCUUGACCGUGGUUCAUAGAGCAUAAAAGUAACCGAGUGCCGGGACAGC